AUGCGCGGCCUAGGAGCUGUCGCCGCGCUCGCCGCGUCAUUAUCAACGAUAUCUCAAGCCCAAAGCCUCGACGACUUCGCCUCCCCUCCGAAUAUCUACCGCCCCAAGUUCAGAUAUUGGCUCCCUGAUGCCGAAGUCGACAUCGAAGCAGUCAAACGCGACGUGGCCGAAAUAGCCUCCGUCGGCGCCGGCGGCCUUGAAUUCCUACCCUACUACCAGUUCCAAUCGCCCUCAGCAAACUGGUCCACCUACGGCUACGGCAUCAACGCGUCUCGCGCCGUCUUCCGCACGGCGAUGCAAGCGGCUGCAGAUAAUGACCUCCUCUUCGACUUUUCAAUUGGCGCGAACCAGGGGCAGGGCGUGCCCUCGGAGCCGGAGAGCGUUGGGCUAGCGCUGGAGUUGGCAUACGUCAACGUCACAGUCAUGCCAGGACACGCAUUCAACGGCACCCUCCCACUCUCAACCCAGCCCGCGAGCCCUUCUCUCCACCUCUUCAUGCACCCCUGCGAGGAAUUUGGCCAGCAGAAUUUGUCCUUCGUUCUAGCCGUCGAACAAACCACCGCAUCCGACGCUUCAUCCACCGCCGUCAACCUUAGCCGCGUCAUAGACAUCACCGCCUCAGUCGACAAAUCCACGAGAUCAAUCUCAUGGACACCGCCCACAGACUCCCAGAACACAUGGCGUUUAAUGGCAUGGUACACACGCUACACCAACCAGCGCUCCAUCGACGCUGCGCCUGACGCCGUGUCGUGGUUGCAGAACGGGUCCUGGAUCACCGACCACUUCAGCGCCGCGGGGGCGAAGAAGUUGACGGGCUUCUUUGACGAGUUUAUCAUCCCUGAAGAGGAGGAUAAAAAGCUCCUCGCUCGCGUGGGGAAGUAUGCCUGGGAAGAUAGUAUGGAAAUGGACACAGCCCUCUGGUGGACGCACGACUUCGCCGACAGCUUCCGCAUACAAAGGGGACACGACAUCGCAACCUGCCUCCCCUUCCUCAUACAGCGCGAAAACUACUGGGCAGCGCAGAACUUGCCCUACGGCGAAUCAUUCCUCUCGCAGGACAACAACACUCUAGUCUCGCGCUGCAACGACGACUAUCGCCUCACACUCCAACGCGGAUACGAGGAAUACAUUCGCGCAACGUCGGAAUGGGCCCACGAACGGGGGCUGGAGUACUCCAAUCAGCCAGCUUACAACCUGCCCCUGAACAUGCUCGACUCAAUUCCCCUCGUCAAUGCACCCGAAGGCGAAUCGCUUGGCUUCAACGACUCGCCCUCCCUUUACCGCCACCUCUCCGGCCCAGCCCACAUGGCCCGCAACUCCGUCAUCUCCUCCGAAGCCGGCGCUGUCAACGGCGCAUCCUACACCCAAACCAUCCAAGACCUCCUCUGCACCGUCCGCCGCGGUCUCGCUGGAGGGGUGAGCAUGAAUGUCUUCCAUGGGUACGCGUACUCGGGCGUCUACGCACAGACGACGUGGCCUGGGUACACCGUCUUCGCGUACACGUUUACGGACAUGUGGGGGCCGAGGAUGCCGGCUUGGAGGAGUCGACACGACGGAGAGAACAGCACAGGGUUCAUGGCGGAUGCGAUGGCGUAUGUUGCAAGGAACCAGUUUAUCAGUCAAGCCGGUACCGCAAGGGUCGAUCUUGCGUUCUAUCAGUAUGCGGCACCAUUCGCCAAGGACGUCUAUGGAAGUGAUAACCUCGAGAAGAUGGGCUUCACAUACGACUACCUUGGGCCUGGGAGCUUCUCUUCCUCAAACGCCAUUGUCGGCGAGGGGGGUGUCCUCGCGCCGGAUGGGCCAGCGUAUAAAGCCCUUAUCUUUGCCGACCAGACAAAGUUGACGCCGGAGAUGGCGGCGCAAACAAAGGCAUUCGCGGAAGCAGGGCUGCCGAUCUUUGUUAUUGGAAGCACGAACUUCCAGAGUGUUGGUGUCGAUGGAGCCGCUUCUGUUCCAGAGAUUAUGGCACAGGCUCUUGCCAUGGAGGGUGUUACUGUCCUUGCGUCCGUGGAGGAAUUACCUGCUGCUCUUGCUGCCCUCGAUAUCCGGCCUCGGGUUUCGUUUCCGCAAGACAACGCUGUCGAGAAGUGGUACACAUUCUCGCGGAGCACAGAAGAUGCGCAAAUUGCGUUCCUUUACAAUGACGGCGGAAACACCACGACUGCUAACAUCAGCUUCCUUGAUGUGGCUGGCAGGACGCCCUACACUCUGGACGCCUGGACUGGGUCGGUAUCGCCGCUUCUACAGUACACCAUCGAGGAGAACCACAUGGUCGUCCCGGUGACGCUAGCUGCGAACCAGACCACCGUCCUCGCUUUCUUCAAUCAGACCUCAGAUGCAAGCGAUGAAAACGGCACAUCCAUCCUGCCUCGCCCACUAAGCACUCACAUAACAUCCACCUUCGGCCCCCUCGAAGCCCUCCUCUACACUGCCACCCAAGACGUCAAUACAACCACCGCGACGAACAACACCCGCAUCACAGCGCACCUCGCACCCGGCACCUCAACAAUAACCUUCGCCACCGGCCACACCCUAAAGUUCACCGCCUCUCAGCUGCCAGAAGCAACAGAACUCGACGCAUGGAACAUCACAGUCAACGACUGGCGCAGCGAGCACGACUUCUUCUCCACGGAAACCGCGAUCACACCGCACCGAUUCCCCGACAUCCGGCUCGCUCCGUGGAAGGACAUGGACCCCGUAAACUUAGGUGACACGAGCGGUACGGCAGACUAUGAGACCACCUUCCCAACCCCUUUCUCAUCCGUCGCGGACCAGCGCUUGGGCGCUCGUCUUCACCUGGGCGCCAUUACCGACGCCGCGAUACUAUGGGUGAAUGGCGACAAAGUCGUCUUCGACGUCAACAGCUCGCCUGAUGUGGUGGUCGAUAUCACGAACUACCUCAACCCUGCAGGUGCCGACAACGUGGUCAAGGUAGAAGUUGCUUCGACGCUGUACAAUCGUGUACGAGCGGACCAGGAUAGCAUUAUGACGUUUGGUGUCGCUGCUUCCGUGGCGGGUGCUAGCUUUUUCAAGGCUAAUCCGACGAAAGAGUAUGGACUCAAAGGUCCUGUGUCGGUUCAAUGGGUUGAGGUUGUUGACGUGCUUUGA